CCCAUCUCUCUCAUUUGGCUACUCCAUCUCUUUUUGUCGGGCCUCCAGUUCGUCUACACAGUAUGACGUCCCUGCUGCUGGGCAACCAAAUAGCGAGGUCGGCGGUCGGCCUCUGCAGCGACAGAAGGCGGGAGCUGCGUGCCGACGGCCCAGCCACCGUGCUCGCCAUCGGGACGGCGAACCCGCCCAACUGCGUGAGGCAGGAGGAGUACGCGGACUACUACUUCCGCGUUACCAAGAGCGAGCACCUCACUAGCCUCAAAGACAAGCUCAAGAGGAUCUGCCACAAAACAGCAAUCAAGAAACGCUACUUCCACCACACGGAGGAGCUGCUACGCGGCCACCCUGCACUCAUCGACCGGUCCAUGCCAUCGUUACAUGAGCGGCAGGACAUCAUGGCUAGUGCCGUUCCCGAGCUCGCUGCCGCGGCCGCAGUUGACGCUAUCGCCGAAUGGGGGCGUCCAGCCACGGAGAUCACGCACCUCGUGGUGACCACCUACUCCGGCGCCCACAUGCCGGGCGUGGACUGGCUCGUGGCCUCACUGCUCGGCCUGCGCUCCACCGUGCGCCGCACCAUGCUCUACAUGAACGGCUGCUCCAGCGGCUGCGUCGCGCUCCGUCUCGCCAAGGACAUGGCCGAGAACAACCGCGGCGCGCGCGUGCUCGUGGCCUGCGCCGAGCUCACGCUCGCCCAUUUCCGCGCGCCACACGAGGCCCACGUCGACACGCUCAUCUUGCAGUCACUGUUCGGAGACGGCGCGGGCGCCGUCAUUGUCGGCGCCGACCCCGUCUCCGUCGAAGAACCGGACUUCGAGAUGCUGUCCGCUUCGCAGACCAUGAUACCGGAGAGCAAGCAGGUCGCCGCCGGCCAGCUCUGUGAGGAUGGGUUCCACUUCAACCCUUCCAGGGACAUCCCGUCCCUGGUACGUGAAAACAUAGAGCAGUGUAUGGUUGACGCGCUCUCGCUGCUCGGCAUCGGCGGCAGCUGGAACGACCUCUUCUGGGCGGUCCAUCCGGGUGGGCGCGCCUUCUUGGACAGCGUCGAGGCGGGGCUCAGGUUGGAACCGCACAAGCUGGAAGCGAGCCGCCGGGUGCUGAGUGAGUACGGGAACAUGUCUGGGCCGUCGGUCAUCUUCGUGCUUGACGAGCUCCGGCGCCAGCAAGAGAGAAAGGGGAUGGGGGUUAUUCUUGGCUUGGGGCCAGGAGUAAGUGUCGAAACCAUGGUUUUGCAAGCAACGGAUAGCCAAAAGAAGAUUUAGGGCCCGUUCGGUUGCUUCGGAACGACCCUCCGGAAUUAUUCCCCGUUGAUUGUAUUCACAAAUUUGUAUAAUUUUAAUAAAUCGGAACAGUUCCUGGGCAUAAUCUGAACCAAACGAACGGGCCUUUAGGCUCUCUUUGGCACGUACCCCUUCCGUCUGCGGCACUAGCCGUUGAACUCCGAAAUAAUGUUGGCACUAAUAUAUGGUGCUCUAAGAUGACUAGAAUGAAACCUGUAAUCCGAAGAUCCACGCAAUAAGCUAUGGUCCGCAUAUUUAUCCAA